CUUCUGGUCGCAAGGCGGGAGGGGGCAGCGCCGAACUGCGGACCCGGGAGUACCCUUGUGCGCGAAAGUGGGCGCUGCACUUCCCGGCCUCCCCAGUUGGCUCGCGCUGCUUUCCCGAGGGGCGAGCGGGGCGAGGGAAGUCUUGUUCCUGGCCUGAAGAUGGCUUUUUCCAGGAUGAAGGUCCCACCUGUUCUGCUCUCCUUUCUCUUGCUAUUCCUUUGGAUGCCAAGCUCAGUUGGUUCCCAGCAAGAAACCUGCCAGACUUGUCGAGAUCUUGCCAGCAACUUCAAUAAGGGUCUGGAGCGGACACAGCGAGAGAACUUCGGGGGCGGGAACACAGCCUGGGAAGAAGAGAAGCUUGCAAAAUAUGCCAACAGUGAGACACGUUUGCUGGAAGUAUUGGAAGGUGUCUGUUCCACGUCAGAUUUUGCCUGCCACCAGCUGCUGGAGCAAAGUGAAGAACACGUAGAACAUUGGUGGUUCCAUGAGCAGCAGCAGCACCCAGACUUUUUCCAGUGGCUGUGCAUGGAUACAUUGCAAUUGUGCUGCCCAUCUGGCACCUAUGGCCCUGAUUGCCACACCUGCCCUGGGGGUACCCAGAAGCCUUGCAGUGGAUAUGGGCAGUGUGAUGGCGAAGGCACACGUGGGGGCACUGGUCUUUGCAUGUGCCAGACUGGCUAUGGUGGUCCCUUUUGUUCUGAGUGUGGAGAUGGCUACUAUGAAGCUGCUCGCAAUGACAGCCACCUGGUAUGUGCGGAGUGCUACCGGGCCUGUGGACGCUGUUCUGGCCCUGAAGAUUCCAGCUGUCUGCGCUGCAAGAGAGGCUGGAUGCUGCAUGACCGAAGAUGCAUUGACAUAGAUGAAUGUGGCACUGAGAUGGCACACUGUCGCAGCAACCAGUUUUGUGUCAAUACAGAAGGCUCCUAUGAAUGCCGAGACUGUGCCAAGGCUUGUAUUGGCUGCAUGGGUGCUGGGCCUUCUCGCUGCAAGAAAUGCAACAAGGGCUAUCGGCGAGAUGGCGUUAAGUGCCUUGAUGUGGAUGAAUGCACUGGUGACAUGGAGGAACCUGUGUGUACGGGGGCCAACGAGGUCUGUGAGAACACAGAUGGCAGCUAUCGCUGUAUUUGUGCUGAGGGACACCUACGCAAAGAAGGGAUCUGUGUGGAAGACACCCCCCCAGAUGCUCCUGAGAAAGGAUUCUUUGACGACAUUACAGACGAUGAAGUGGUUGUGCUGCAGCAGAUGUUCUUCGGGGCUAUAAUCUGCGCACUGGCCACCUUGGCUGCCAAAGGAGACAUGGUCUUCACUGCCAUUUUCAUAGGUGCCGUGGCUGCGAUGGCUGGCUACUGGAUGUCGGAGCGCAGUGACCGUGUUCUUGAUGGCUUCAUCAAAGGAAGAUAGGACUUAGGCAGGGAACAACUCCCUUCUGCUUCCUGCCUCGGAGAGCCAGCUGGGGGGCAGGAAUACCUUGACCCCCAUCCCCACCCCCUUACCUUAGCAGGUUUGAAAUCUAGAAGGAAAGAGGUGGACAAGCCAGCCUGCGUCUCCAUCUGGGCUAAAGGAAGCCUUGACUUUCUGAACAUAUGCUGGAGGGACAAAUGGGAGCCAAGACAUCAUGGGUCCUCUGCGGGCCUGUCAUUGACUGAGAGGUCCUGAUGGGAAUUAGAAGGGACUGAGUACUCCUUAGGAAAUGGAAGGCUCCAGAAGAAGAAGCCCCCAUUAUUGUCCAUCUGGCCUGCUCUCCAUGCAUGUUGGAUGAUCUGGAAGGGUUCAUCCCAAUAAGCUGUGAUCUCUCCCACUUGGGGCUGCCAAGGCUUACUGGGGAGGAGCUCAGCUCUUUGGGUCUGUGCUGGUAUGGAGUGGUUCCCUGCUGGCUCUUUGAGAGCCCAUCCUUUGGCCAAGAGCUGACCUACACAUUGCACUGAAGGAAGUGAGAAAUGGUGGUGAUAGUUUUUGGAGUGUUCGCCUCAGGUAGGAGUCAGUGUUUUGGCUGAUCCCUGACCUCAAACUCACCCUGUAUUGAAUAAACCAGUAUCAUCAGAGAGAGCAUAAUAUAAAUUUAAUUAAUUAAUUAAUAAUAAUAAUAAUAAUAUAUACACUAAUUCUUGUGGUCAGAAGUGGUACACUUCAGAAUUUUCUCAUUUUUGUGUGUGUAAUGUGUAGACUUGCUCUGAGGCUGCUAGUGGCAGCUUGGAAGGCGAAGGAAAUUGAAGAGGCCUGCAUGUCCACUUUUUCGCUUUGCAAUUCUGUCUCUCAGGAAAAUAAAUGUCUGUGUCUAUAUCCA